AUGCCUCACGAGGAUAAAAAGGUAUGUUUAAACUUCGGAAAGUUGCCUGGGAUCUCUGAGGCGGAACCGCCGCCACUGACCGAUGAAGAGCUAAGCCGCAUGACGGAGAAAAGUCAUGUGGCGUCGCCGAAGUUCUACGGUUGUCCUGAGUACAUCGAGAGGCACGUUUCUACACAAAAUACUCCUAACUGUUUUUUCCCAUUUUUUUUUAAUUAA